CCCUGACUGCUGGACUCGCUGUCAAAUUGCCAUUGAAAAAGAGUAAGGCAGUGCUGUAUGUUUUCCGGAAGCAAACAUAAAAGCAUAACCUCAACUAUUAGUUUUUGUUUGUUGUCUGCUCCAAAGUAAUUAAAUCUAUGGACAAUUCAUCGUAUUUUUCUAUAAAAACCUUUCCGAAAAGUUAAGGGCAACAUUUAUCCAGUCGUUUAAGUCGGUGCAUCGAGUACAUUUGUCCCGAUUCAUACUUCUUGUAUCGGAGUCCCGUCACCGACGAAUCGAUUCUUUUGUGGACAAAAAAUGAGCCAGGAGCAUGAAGCAGAGGAACUGGAAGAAAUGGAAGAGGAGGACUUAACCAUUCAUACUGAAUUCGAGGACGAAGAGGAAUUAAUAACUCAAUUCAAUGAGCUUAUGACAGACCCCGAUAAUUUGGAAACAGCUGCCAAUUAUUUGUACGAAUCGCUUUUGGACGAAGCGAUACUCGGUUCAGUGUUUGAGGUGCACAAUUUGAUCAAAACCGGUUUACUGAAAGCAUUAGAAGGUGAACCGGAGGACCCGGCUCAAUUCUUAUUGGUAAAUGCACCUGACGUCGAUGUGUUUGGAUCCAGUAAAUCAGCCAAAAUUAACAUGGACUGCACAUGUCCCAAGUGCGAAAAACUUGUAGCCACAGCAAGAUUUGCACCCCAUUUGGAAAAGUGCAUGGGCAUGGGACGAAAUUCAUCUCGAAUCGCUAGUCAUCGGAUUGCAUCACGCGAAGGUGGCAAUUAUUUCGGUACAGCCCAAAGUGACGACGAAGACGAUGCAGAUUGGUCCGGCGAGAAGCGAAAGAAAAAAAUCCAGCAAAUUCGAACGAAUGGAACCAAAAAGAAUGGUAAAUCGUCAUGAAAGUAGUGGACCGGUGGAUCGGAAAAUGUAAAAAAUUCCAUGCAAAGAUUCAGUAAUGCGAGAAGAGACGAAGCGAUUUGUGGUUUGUGGAUUACGUGCCUACCAUCUAAUAAAAUGUUGUAAAAUUCAAGAAAAAUGCCAUGAGAUAGGGGAGAGAGAGAGGUUACAAGUAGACGCUGAACUGUGGAGUUUCUUAUCUUUUCAAAGACAAUGUGUUUUGGUACGAUGGUCAUAGCCAACGAUGUGGAAUUGGUUAGAAUGUACUUUUGCUUGUAUAGCAUGUGGUAUUCUCACCAAUGGGACUCAUAAAUCCUUUUUUUAUAUAUAAAAAAAACGUAGAAGGACGUUGCAUUUGAA